CCUUGACACCGCCCAUCUUCAUCCUAAGGAGAGAGCGGGAGAGGAUGAGGUCGGGAGGCAGGGCGCGGGUGACUUCCUUUUGUAAAGAACGGAAACCUGCUAGCACGGUUUCCAGGGAGGAGUAUCUGCUUGUCCUCGCCCUUCCGCCCUACGGCUGGCGGUACUUGCAGGCUUGCAGGCCUGAGGCCACCUCCGGGGGGGUCUGGUAGGCUAUCCCCAGGGCCUCUGGACAACUGUCAGUCGCCUGGGUCCCCCAAAACAGCGUUUUCAUUGAAGAACUACGUCCGGGAUCUGCGUUCAGCUGGGUACUGUAUGGUACUCUGCUGUCCAUUUGCAGUGCAAGGUGAUUGUUCUCAUCGGGUUAAGUUCUUGCCAUCAACUUCCACUGGUAGUUCUUCAAAUUCCUCCAGUCUUUGCAGCUUAACUCUCUUACCCACCGUUUUAUUUUCUUAAAGAAAUGUUGAAAGAAGGUGGAAGGAUUUGGCGUUCUAACAUUUUUUCUUUUUAAUGUUGGGCAUAUGCAUUUCUUCUACAGUAGGAUAUCAGACGUCUAGAACUGUUUGGGGGAUGAAUGUUUUCUUAUUGAGAUAGUUUGGGACUUGGAAGAGGGAGAUACAACCUUUGAAAAUAAUUUAGGGCUUGGCACAGCAGGCAAAAGAAAGACUGAACAAAGGGGAGGAAACCAACAAAGAUAACUUUGGAAGCACUGAAUGUGGCAAAAUAAGAACAAUGGAUCUCAAGUUCAACAGCUCCAGGAAAUAUAUUUCUAUCACUGUUCCGUCCAGAACCCAAGCAAUGUCACCACACAUCAAGUCGAUAGAUGAUAUUGUAGUGCUUGGCAUAAAUCUCAGCAGAUUUAACAAACUUACUCAAUUUUUCAUAUGUGUUGCUGGAGUUUUGGUAUUUUACCUAAUUUAUGGAUAUUUACAGGAAUUAAUAUUUUCAGUGGAGGGUUUUAAGCCCUAUGGCUGGUACCUUACUUUAGUGCAGUUUGCAUUUUACUCCAUAUUUGGCCUAAUAGAGCUUCAGCUUAUUCAGGACAAAAGGAGAAGAAUACCAGGAAAAACCUACAUGAUAAUAGCUUUUCUAACUGUGGGUACUAUGGGGUUAUCAAACACUUCCUUGGGCUACCUGAAUUAUCCUACCCAAGUCAUCUUCAAGUGCUGCAAAUUGAUUCCUGUUAUGCUAGGAGGAGUUUUUAUUCAAGGAAAGCAUUACAAUGUUGCUGAUGUGUCUGCUGCCUUAUGCAUGAGCCUCGGCCUGAUAUGGUUUACCCUAGCCGACAGCACGGUUGCACCAAAUUUCAACCUGACAGGUGUGAUCCUCAUCUCCCUGGCACUAUGUGCAGAUGCUGUCAUUGGAAAUGUCCAAGAGAAAGCUAUGAAACUUCAUAAUGCUUCUAAUUCGGAAAUGGUUUUGUAUUCGUAUUCAAUCGGUUUCGUGUACAUUUUAUUGGGAUUGACAUGCACUAGUGGAUUAGGCCCUGCAGUAACAUUUUGUUCAAAGGAUCCAGUUCGGACCUAUGGUUAUGCUUUCCUUUUUUCCCUCACUGGGUAUUUUGGAAUCUCUUUUGUUCUGGCUUUGAUUAAAAUUUUUGGUGCACUUUUUGCUGUAACAGUGACAACAGGGAGAAAAGGAAUGACCAUUGUACUUUCGUUUAUAUUCUUUGCCAAACCAUUCACGUUCCAGUAUGUGUGGUCUGGUUUGUUAGUUAUCCUUGGUAUAUUUCUCAAUGUUUACAGCAAAAAUAUGGACAAAAUAAGACUCCCAUCGCUGUAUGAUGUGAUAAACAAAACAGUGGAAGUGAGGAGGUCAGGGACGUUGGCACAGACUGUCUAGACAGCGAUUCGCUUUAUAACGUAGAAUUAAUUCAUCAAUCAGUUAACUUUCCAAAGGGACUUUUAUAAAAACCAGAGGUUCUGAAGGCAUGCUGUCAUUUGUGGAUGGAUUACAUGUGAAGUCGCCAUUUCUUCAGAACCCUUGUUGGACUGUUUUAACUUCCAAAGCAAUCAAAAGAGCCACACCUGGCACACCUUAGACUAAAACGUCAAGAUGAAGGACCGUGACGCUUACAGUCUGUUGAGAAUUUCACUGGAAAUGGACCAUGUUGCAAGAAAUACUGGAUAUCAUUAUGACAUAUCAAAGAAAUUGAUAUGUAAACGCAGAUUGUUUUCUUUUUUCCGUUCCAUUUUGGUGGUGUUAUUUAAAUUGAUUCUCUGUUGUAAGAGUGAACUGAUGAUUUAAAGUCUAGAGAGAAUAACUUCAUUAUAAA